UCAAUUAUGAUAACUUCCGGUCGGAAGAGGAAGUAAAUUUGCUUGUCUCUGUUGUACGAAGCGGACGUAUAUUUAAUGACUUUGUUUUCUCCGUGCCAGUGCCCGGGUGGGCACGCAGGACCAGCACGCUUUCCGCUGUGAUGCCAAGUACAGCUCAGGUCAGAAGACCCUCAGGUGGGAGCGCAGUCCACCCGGAGGAAAGGAAAACAAAGACCGUCUCAAGCCCCGACAAAUUAACCAGCUCUGUUAUGGCCAGUACUUUCAGAAUCCCCAAGAGGAAGUCCUCGGAGGACAGGUGCACACAGAUGGCGUCACCUCUGUCCCGCCUCCAAGAUACCCACGAACAGAAGAUGCAGUGGACGGGCGGUGGUAGGAGAGGUCAUGAAUGCAGGCCCGUGAAUGGAAACAUCUCUUCAAAUGGCAGUCGAAUGGCGUCAGGCAGCGGCAAUGCACGAAGCAUGGAUGCCAGGCUGGUCCUGACAGACAUCCUGAAGACAGAGCUGGGACGGGAAUACCUGAGCGGAGGAAGGUCCCGUCCCAAACGAGCGUCGGACACGCUCUGCCAGGAUCUGCGGCGGGACGACGGGUCGUGGAGGACCAGCGCCGGGGGGCGAGGUCCGGUGCAGUCGGAGUCCAGUGGGGGUGGGGGAUUGGACAGGAGGCGCCCCCUCAUCAAGGACACAACCCUGCCCCUGAGUCGCGGGGGGGGCGGGCCGGAGGAAGCCGUGUUCGAGGGCCUCAGAUGCGCAAGACCUCCCUCCCGAAACGAGGACUGUACUACUGUGCAAAACAAAGAGGAGAGGAGGAAGGAUGCUCUGGUGAGGAGGAAUGGAGAGGGGAGCGAGAACGGAGAGCUGGAGAGUGAUGACGAAGAGCGUGGCAUCAUGGGACCGUCCAGGCGUAGUGUCCUUCACCACUCGGACAAGAGUGUGCGUCAGGGGGGGACCCCGAAACGCCGAUUUGCGGACUUGCAGGGUAGACCCCCCUCCACUGGCUCAACCUCAGGCUCUGACCCUCAAACCCCCCCCAGGCAAGGGGACAGAGACAAGAGAACCCCCCCAAAGUUAUCCCCCUCCAACCGACCAAAGAAACCCAAGCUGGGCACCUUAGAACCCAUCGUUCUGUCCAGUGAUGAUGGUGAGGAUGAAGAAGGUGACUCCACUUCAGAGUCUAGCCCCACCCUCCCUCAGGUGAGGGUUGUUGCUCCCAGGAUAGAGACCCAGAGUGAACUGCAUCCAGAGGAAACGACUAAUGCACAGGCCAUUGCUGAGGAGUUGGUGAUCCCAGGUUUGAGUCUGGUGGAGGAGCCCGAGGAGGAGCCCUCUGAUAUGCCCUCUGAUAUGCCCUCUUUCAUCGAGCUGGCCUUCUCUGCCCUGUACGUGGGCUCGCUGAGGGCCGAAUCCAACGGCAGUAUCUCUAUCACUAAUGACAGCAUCACCAUUCCUCUCAGAGACUCCUCAGGUUUGCCGGAGGUUGCCGUGGCGUUGGUGACCUCGGAGCUACGCAGGUACGGCAUUUGGGACGGGGGUGUCCUAGAGGGCAAGGAGGGGCGCACUCCCUCUCUCCUCUUCCUCUGGGUGUCGGAUGCCCAGGCACGGCUGGUCCAGGCUGAGCUGUCUGCCAUCCACCCAGUACACAACCCAGGUCUGGCCAGCCCCUUCCUCCUGCUGUGUCUGAAGGAGAACCUGGAGGGCCUGCAUGGCGUGCUGCUGAACUCCUUCAUGGAGGUGCUGGCACUGCAGUGCGGGGUCCCGGCGCUGAUGCAGCCCUUCACCUGGAGCGAGGGCGUGGCCCUGAUCCGUAGGGUCGGUCACCACGCCCACCUCCUCUCCCUCCUGGGCCAGGAGGCUGCCGAGCCUGACCAAAACCCGCAGGAGGACUCAGACCCCCACCCCGGCCCUGCGCAGCAGGAGAGUCCGGGUCGGUCCAAGCCCUCCUACACGCUGCGCCACCGCAGAGUCGGAAGCACGUACUCCGUGUCCAUCGCCCCGAGGCCCGGUCCAGCCUGGAGCCGCUCCAAGCACCAGGGCCCGCCCCGCAGGUUAAUUCUGUUCCCCCCGCCUCCCACCAAGGGAGGAAUCAGCGUCACCACCGAAGACCUGGAGUGCCUGGACAACGGGGAGUUCCUGAACGACGUCAUCAUCGACUUCUAUCUCAAGUACCUGAUGCUGGAGAAGGCUCCGAAGGCCGUCGCCGAGAGGUCGCACGUCUUCAGCAGCUUCUUCUAUCGGCAGCUCACUCGCAAGGACAACGUCAGCGAAGAAACGUCGGUCUGCUCGGCGCAGCAGAGACGACACCAGCGAGUGCGGACGUGGACCCGGCACGUGGACAUCUUCAGCAAGGAUUACCUGUUUGUGCCUGUCAAUCAGGAGGCUCACUGGUACCUGGUGGUCAUCUGCUUUCCUGGACUGCUGGAGCCCCAGACUGAGCGAUGGAGCCGGGAGAACUGCCUGGACAAAGAGUCCUGUGGAAGGGAGGACAGGCGGAUGACCGGACACAGCGUGCCGGAGUGUACACAGCUGGGGUGCAAGCGGGAAAAGGUCUGUAAAAGACCCUGCAUUCUCGUCAUGAACUCUCUGAAACUCUCCUACCACGAGCGCGUUCUCAAACUCUUACGGGAGUACCUGCAGGUGGAGUGGGAGGUGCGGAGGAGCAGUCCUCGGGACUUCACCCCGGAGCAGAUGAAGGGGUCGCAGUGCCGGGUCCCCCUGCAGGAUAACAGCAGUGACUGUGGGCUCUAUCUGCUGCAGUAUGUGGAGAGCUUCCUGCAGAACCCCGUGGUGCACUUUGAGCUCCCCGUGCAGCUGGACCACUGGUUUCCGCGGCGACAGAUCCGCAGUAAGCGGGACGAGAUACGCGAGAUGGUUCUGCAGCUGCACCGGAAACAGCAGGGCUGCGGCAGGUAGCGUAGCCGGUCUGCGCUGACGGCUCGCAGAGGACAAUACUGACUGCGCAACCACUUGCUGGUCUGCGCAGACGCCUUGCAGAGGACAGUACUGACUGCGUAGCCACUUGUAGGACUGUGCAGACGGCUCGCAGAGGUCAGUACUGAUUGUGCAGCCACUUGUCGAACUGUGCAGACGGCUCGCAGAUCACUGUACUGACUGCGCAGAUGGCUCGCACAGGACAGUACUGACUGUGCAGCCACUUGCCAGACUGCGCAGACGCUUUGCAGAGGACAGUACUGAAUGCGCAGCCACUUGCCAGACUGCGCCCAUGGCCUGCAGAGGACAGUACUGACUGCGCAGACGGCCUGCAGAGGACAGUACUGGCUGCGCAGACGGCCUGCAGAGGACAGUACUGACUGCGCAGACGGCCUGCAGAGGACAGUACUGACUGCGCAGACGGCCUGCAGAGGACAGUACUGACUGUGCAGAUGGCCUGCAGAGGACCGUACUGACUGCGCAGACGGCCUGCAGAGGACAGUACUGACUGUGCAGAUGGCUCGCAGAGGACAGUACUGUCUGCACAGCCACUUGCUGCCUUGCUGAAUAUACAGUGGCCUCUUUUUAAAGUUAAAAAACAAGAAUUUUGAAAAGGCUUAGCUAUAUUUUUUCUUUUAACAUAUUUUAUAAUUUAUUUUUCAUAAAUGUUGUGAUAUUUGAAUCUUUGCAAUGGAAUGUGAUGUGUGUAUGUACAUAUGCUUUUAGGUUUAUUAGACAAAAAAAAAUAAUCCGUAAUGUCAUCAUGGAUCAAUCUCACAUUUUUUUGUCUACAAUUUUAUAGUCUUAUUCCAAAGUCACGGCUUUAAUUUAUUUUAUAUUGUUUCUUGAACCAAUGGGCGUUUUAUUUUGAAAGAGGUAAUAAAUCUGAAAUGAGGAAA